AUGCCGACCGCCACGGAGCUCUACGAGGCAGGAAUCCACUAUACGGCGACUUCGACCAUUAUUUACGGCGAGUGGCGCAAUUUGGAGGCCAUCAGCUUCAAACGCGGCACCCUGAGCAUCCCGGUGGUGCAGGUAGACGACUACACCGAGAAGAAGUACCUCAACCUGAUGGCUUUCCAGCGGCUGGAACCUGGCGCCGGCAACGACAUCACCGACUUCAUCUUCUUCAUGGACGGCAUCAUCGACUCGGCCAGGGACGUGGCGCUGCUGAGGUCCAGCGGGGUCGUCGUCAACCUGCUCGGCAGCGACGAGGAGGUGCUGGCAAAGGGAGCGGCGCUGAGCCGGGACAGCAGGCUCCGCGGAGUGUACCGGGAUGUCAACGCCCACUGCAGGAAGCCGUGGAACAAGUGGCGAGCCAUGUUUAUGCAGACGUACAUGAGCAACCCGUGGGUGCUCAUCUCCCUUGUGGCUGCUGUCAUCUUGCUCGUCUCGUCGCCACACUCGUUCAAACCUUCUACUCUGCAGCUUCAUUCUACAUGCAAGGGUAGAUUACUAUUCGUCCUACGAGAUCCACGUUGCUUCAUUCUACAUGUUUGCUAG